GAUUUGGGCAAAUCACAGAGUUGACCUGUCAGUUUGAGACCCUGUUGGAUGGAAAGUGAGGCUUCCUUACUGUCAGAGAUUACUGCGAGACUCCUUUGCUGAAUCUCUAAAACCGUCUCAAAAUGACGGAAAUUAUAGAGGAAUAUGAAGAAUAUGAAGAAUAUGAGGAGGAGGAGGAGAUUGUGGAAGAGAUUACAACGUCGACUGUCACUGAGCACAAGACUCAGUUCUUACAGUCUGGCUUGCCCACCAGGAAAGUAAGGAAGAAGGUCAAGGUGGAUACUUCCAAGUUCAUGACUCCAUACCUGGCCCAUAGCCAGAAGAUGCUGGAGCAGUUCAGCCACAAUAAGUAUCGCCAAGCUUAUGAUAAGUCCAGAGGGAAUCCUCCUGCCAUCGUUACUGAUACGCCUGAAAUGAUUCGUAUCAGGAAGGCCCAGGAGCAGCUUAGUGAGGUUAAAUACCGUAUGGAGGGGAAUAAAGCUCGGACAACCAGCUUGUAUGACGGUGAAGCAAGAGAGAUCGCCCACGUCAAGCAUGUAUCUGAGCUGAUUAGCAAGGUUCUGUAUAGACAGAAGUGGGAUGAGACCAAGGACAGGUACCUGCUGCCUCCUGAUGCUCCCGAGCUGGUUCAGGCUGUGAAGAAUGCUGCUAACUUCAGCAAAAAACUUUACACAGAGGUCUGGGAUGAGGAGAAGACCAUGUACUACCCCUACAGUGACAGUCCUGAGCUGCGCAGGGUGGCCAAGGCUCAGGAGGUCCUCAGUGAUGUUCACUAUAAGAAGGGUCACCAUGAGCGUAAGGCCAAGUACACCUCCUUGCCUGAUCCUCCUGAAACGGAGCUAGCCAAGAGAGUGUCCCAACAGCUCAGUGAUCUUAAGUACAAGGAAGAUUACAAUAAAAAUGUGAAGGGUCAGUGGUGUGAGACUCCCUACUUCGACGUGGCUAUUGCCAGGGUGGCAAUGGAGAACUUGAGUGAUAGAAGAUACACUCAACAUUAUGAGAAUACAAAAGACCAAAUUUAUUUCAUGCAAACAGAAACGCCCACUUAUGAGACAAACAAGAAGGCUCGUAUUGCUGCUAGUGAGGUCCAAUACAAGAAGGAGUAUGAGAAGACAAAAGCACAAUCUGACUACAACACGCUCCCUGCCACAGAGAAUCCUCUAUUGAGGCAACUCAGAUACGCUGGCACUAUCCUCAGUGAUAAAGUAUAUAAGGCUAACUAUGAGAAAUCCAGGGGUUUCAGCAUCAACUACUGUGACACACCCAAGUUUCAGAUGGACUCAAUACUUAAGCAGUUCAGUGAUACGCAUUACAAAGAUAAGUAUGACAAUGAGGUGAAGGGCCACUACAUUGGCAGCUAUGAGGACCUUUAUAUGCUUCACUGCCAGAAAGUAGAGGAAAUGAAGAGCGAGCACCAAUAUAAAGCAGAAUAUGAAGACAUUAAAACCAGAUGCUUCUUUCCUCAAACAAUUACACCUGAAUACGAAGCAGUGAAGAAGCUUCAGCACUGCAGUGAUAAAGUUUACCGGAAACAUCCAGACACAGUGAAAUUUACACAAGUGGUGGAUUCACCUGUUCUGGUUCAAGCCGCCAUCAACGCCAAACAGCUAAGUGAUUUAAACUACAAGGCAAAGUACGAGGAAACAAAGAUGAAGAAUACUCUCCCCUCAGACUAUCCCUUUUUCAUCCAGUCCAGAGUUAACGCUUUUAACCUCAGUGAUAACUGUUAUAAGUAUGAUUGGGAGAAAAGCAAAGCGAAAAAGUUUGAAAUCAAGGGCGACGCUAUCUCAAUCCUCGCUGCCCGUGCUCACACAAACAUCGUCAGCGACGUUAAAUAUAAAAAGGAGUUUGAGAAGAACAAGGGAAAGAUGGUUGGAGCCCUCAGCAUCAACGACGAUCCAAAGAUGCUGCACUCCGUCCAUGUGGCCAAAAUCCAGAGUGAUCGUGAAUACAAAAAAGGCUAUGAAAAACUAAAGACCAAGUACCAUACACCACUGGAUAUGAUGUCAGUCACCUUGGCUAAGAAAUCCCAGGCGAUUUCCAGCAUGGCCGGUUACAGGAGCAUCAGCGCCAACUAUUUCCUUCCCCACGACAGUGUUCUGCUCGAUCUGGCCAAGAAAGCCAAUGCCAUCCAGAGUGAUAAUGAGUACAAGGCUGACUACAACAACUAUACCAAAGGUACCCCAUGGGUCCCCUAUGGCUCCAUGGAAGUGGAAAAGGCUAAGAAAGCUGCUGAGAUCCUUAACGAGAAAAAAUACAGAACACACCCAGACAAGAUCCCAUUCACCUCUAUUGAUGACCACCCCAUCAUGAUGCAGGCCAAAGUCAACCAGCUUCAGAGGAGUGAUCUGUUCUACAAGCGAGGCCUAGAAGAGAUCCAUCAGAAGUACUCUCUGCCCCCUGAUGUCCCAGAGUUCCUUCAGGCCAAGUGCAAUGCCUACAACAUCAGCAAGAAUUACUACAAGCUUGCUUGGCAGGAGCUGAUUGCUAAGGGUUAUGACAUGAAGCCUGAUGCCAUCCCUGUUAUCGCUGCCAAAGCAGCCAGACAUGCUGUCAGUGAUGUCCAGUACAAAAAGGCUUACCAGAAGGCGAGAGGCCAUCACGUUGGCUUCCGUAGUCUCCAGGAUGAUCCUCUGCUGGUUCACUACAUGGAGGUGGCCAAAAUGCAGAGUGACAAGAACUACAAGAAGGACUACCACAAGAUCAAGCUGAAGUAUCACUCCCCAGUGGACAUGCUGAGUGUGGUUCAUGCUAAACAUGCCUCAACAGUGCAGACUAUGGCUGGCUACAAGCAGCAGCACCAUAAAUACUUUCUGCUGCCUGAUGCCAUGGGUCUCGAACUUGCUCGCAACAUGAACUACAAUGCCAGUGAUCACAACUAUAAGAUGGAUUAUGAGACAUCAGUCAAGGGAAUUGGCUGGGUUCCAAUUGGUUCCCUGGAUGUUGAAAAAGCCAAGGCAGCAGGAGCAGCUCUGAAUGAGAAAAAGUACCGGCAGCACCCCGACACCAUCAAGUUCACCAGUCUCACUGACUCUAUGAGCAUGGAGCUGGCCAAGACCAAUGCCAAGAUCAUGAAUGUGAAAGAGUACAAAGCCAGUGGAGAGAAGUUCAUGCACACUUACCAUCUCCCCCCUGAUGCCCCUCAAUUUCUGCAAGCCAGAUACAAUGCUGCCAACAUCAGCCAGAACUUUUACACUUAUUCUCACCGCCAAGAUCUGCUCAAAGGACAUCAUAUGAAAGAAGACGCCAUUCCCAUUGUAGCAGCCAAGACUUCAAGAAACAUUGCCAGUAAUUACAAGUAUAAGCUGGCUUAUGAGAAGGAAAAGGGCAAACAUGUUGGCUUCCGCAGCCUUCAGGAUGAUCCUCUGCUGGUUCACUACAUGCAAGUGGCUAAGAUGCAAAGUGAUAAGAACUACAAGAAGGACUACCACAAGGCCAAGCUGAAGUAUCACACCCCAGUGGACAUGCUCAGUGUGGUCCAAGCCAAGCAGGCUUCUGCUGUUCAGACUAUGACUGGAUACAAGAAGAUCCCCCACAGCUUCUUGCUUCUUCCUGACAACAUGCACUUGCAGCUGUAUCGCAACAUGAUGGAGAUUCAGAGUGAUAAUGUCUACAAGUCAGAUUACAACAACUACUCUAAAGGUAUAGGGUGGGUUCCCAUUGGUUCUCUGGAUGUUGAAAAAGCCAAAACUGCUAGCGCUGCGCUGGAUGAAAGAAAAUACCGCCAGCAUCCCAGUAAUUUCCAUUUCACAAGCAAGACUGAUGCCAUGAACAUGACUCUGGCUAUGAGCAACACUAAACAGAUGAACAUAACUGCAUACAAAGCUUCUGGGGAGAAGUUCAUGCACACCUACCAUCUGCCACCUGACAGCCCUGAGUUCCUCCAGGCUAAGUUUAAUGCCCAGACUAUAAGCGAGAGUCACUACAAGCACAAAUGGCUAGAAGACAUUGCCAAGGGAUAUGACAUGAAGCCUGAUGCUAUUUCCGUUGUGCAUGCCAAGCAUGGCAGGCAUAUCGCCAGCAAUGUCCAGUACAAAAAAGAUUAUGAGAAGGCGAGAGGCCAUCACGUUGGCUUCCGCAGCCUCCAGGAUGAUCCUCUGCUGGUUCACUACAUGGAUGUUGCUAGAAUGCAAAGUGAUAAGAACUACAAGAAGGACUACCACAAGGCCAAGCUGAAGUAUCACACCCCAGUGGACAUGCUGAGUGUGGUCCAAGCCAAGCAGGCUUCUGCUGUUCAGACUAUGACUGGAUACAAGAAGAUCCCUCACAGCUACUUGCUUCUUCCUGACAACCUACACCUGCAGUUGUGUCGAACCAUGAACAUCCAGACAAGUGAUAAUGACUACAAAUCUGACUAUAAUAACUAUGUCAAAGGCAUUGGAUGGGUCCCUAUUGGCUCACUUGGUGUUGAAACUGCCAAAGUUGGUGGUGAGAUUCAGAGUGAAAAGAGGUACCGCACUCAUCCAUCAAAAUUCAAGUUUAGCAAACUGAUGGACUCUAUGGACUUGGCUCUGGCUACUGCCAACAACAAGAUCAUGAACAAGAAAGCAUACACUGCAGCCUGGGAGAAGGACAAAUUGACCACCCACAUCAUGCCAGAUGCUCCAGAUGUUCUGCUGGCAAAGGCUAAUGCUCUGAACAUGAGCAAUAAACUUUACAAAGCUGGUUUGGUGGAGAUGGCCAAUAAAGGCUACAACCUCAAAGCAGACGCUAUCCCCAUUUUGGCUGCCAAGGCUGGCACCACGAUUGCCAGUAAUUACAAGUACAAAUUGGCCUAUGAGAAAGCAAGAGGCCAUCACGUUGGCUUCCGUAGCCUCCAAGAUGAUCCUCUGCUGGUUCACUACAUGGAGGUGGCCAAAAUGCAGAGUGACAGAAACUACAAGAAGGACUACCACAAGGCCAAGCUGAAGUAUCACACCCCGGUGGACAUGCUGAGUGUGGUCCAUGCCAAGCAGGCUUCUGCUGCUCAGACUAUGGCUGGAUACAGACAGAUUCAGCACAGCAAUGCUCUCAUGCCUGAUGCCAUGAACCUGGAACUGGCUCGUAACAUGCAGCUCAUCGCCAGUGAUAACCAGUACAAGAGUGAUUAUGAGCAGUACGUAAAAGGAAUAGGAUGGGUCCCUAUUGGCUCACUUGCAGUUGAGACAGCUAAAGUUGGCGGUCAAAUUCUGAGUGAAAAGAAGUACCGUGCUCAUCCAUCCAACUACAAGUACAGCAAGUUGAUGGACUCCAUGGACUUGGCUUUGGCUACUGCCAACAACCAGAUCAUGAACAAGAAAGCAUACACUGCAGCGUGGGAAAAGGACAAACUGACUGUUCAUAUCAUGCCAGACUCUCCUGAGAUUCUUCUGGCAAAGGCUAAUGCACUCAAUAUGAGCAAUAAACUUUACAAAGCUGGUUUGGUGCAGAUGGCCAAUAAAGGCUACAACCUCAAAGCAGACGCUAUCCCCAUUUUGGCUGCCAAGGCUGGCACCACGAUUGCCAGUAAUUACAAGUACAAAUUGGCCUAUGAGAAGGCGAGAGGCCAUCACGUUGGCUUCCGUAGCCUCCAAGAUGAUCCUCUGCUGGUUCACUACAUGGAGGUGGCUAAAAUACAAAGUGACAGGAACUACAAGAAGGACUACCACAAGGCCAAGCUGAAGUAUCACUCCCCAGUGGACAUGCUGAGUGUGGUCCAUGCCAAGCAAGCUUCUGCUGCUCAGACUAUGGCUGGAUACAGACAGAUUCAGCACAGCAAUGCUCUCAUGCCUGAUGCCAUGAACCUGGAACUGGCUCGUAACAUGCAGCUCAUCGCCAGUGAUAACCAGUACAAGAGUGAUUAUGAGCAGUACGUAAAAGGAAUAGGAUGGGUCCCUAUUGGAUCGCUGGAUGUUGAGAAAGUAAAAGCAGCAGAGAAGGCCCUCAGUGAGAAGCUAUAUCGUCAGCAUCCUACCAAGUUCACUUUCACCAAAGACAUGCACUCUAUGGACCUGGCCCUGGCCACUGCCAACAACCAGAUUAUGGAUAAGCAAUCCUACAUCAAAGCCUGGGAAAAAGACAAGACUUCAAUCCAUGUCAUGCCUGAUGCAAUGGGCAUUGUUCUAGCAAGAGAAAACAGGAAAAAUUACAGUGAGAAACUCUACAAGCUUGAUAAUGAACUAUCCAAGAAGAAAGGCCAUCAUGUUCGUGGUGACGCCAUUGCAGUCCAAGCUGCCAAAGCCUCCACUGCAAUUGCUAGUGAUUACAAGUACAAGACAGGAUACCGUAAACAGGUCGGUCACCACAUCGGUGCUCUCAGCAUCCAGGACGACCCUCUGCUCAUGCUGGCUCUGAACUCAGCCAAGAUUGCCAGUGAUGCUCUGUACAAGAAGGACUUCAACAAGUCCAAGACCAAGUUCAACCUGCCAGUGGACAUGAUGGCCUUUGAACUGGCCAAGAAGAACCAGAUCCAGGUCAACGACUUCAACUACAGAACUCACCUGCACAACUGGACCUGCCUGCCAGAUUCCAAUGAUGUGGUCCAGGCCAGACAUGCAUAUGACAUACAGAGUGAUGCUGUGUACAAGGAGGAUCUGAAGAUGUUGCAGGGUAUUGGAUGGGUGCCAAUAGGUUCACUGGAUGUUGAGAAGGUGAAGAAAGCUGGUGAGAUUCUGAGUGAGAAGAAGUAUCGUCAGCCCCCGAGCAACUACAAGUUUAAAGUCAGCACUGAAGACAUGCCCAUAGCACUGGCUAAGAGCAAUGCUCAGAUUAUGAACAAGAAAGCAUACAUUGAAGCCUGGGAGAAUGACAAGACAAAGAUCCACGUCAUGCCUGAUGCUAUGGAUGUUCUUCUAGCCAAAGCCAACAAUGUUAACUACAGCUUGAAAAAGUACAAACAGGCAUAUGAAGAUUCCAAAAAGAAGGGAUAUGAUAUACGCAAUGAUGCCAUUUCCAUAAUUGCAGCCAGAUCUUCCAGGGACAUUGCCAGUGAUUACAAGUACAAGACAGGAUACCGUAAACAGGUCGGUCACCACAUCGGUGCUCGCAGCAUCCAGGACGACCCUCUGCUCAUGCUGGCUCUGAACUCAGCCAAGAUUGCCAGUGAUGCUCUGUACAAGAAGGACUUCAACAAGUCCAAGACCAGGUUCCACCUGCCAGUGGACAUGCUCAAUCUGGAACUGGCCAAGAAAUGCCAGAUCCAAGUCAACGACUUCAACUACAGAACUCACCUGCACCAGUGGACCUGCCUGCCAGACUCCAAUGAUGUGGUCCAGGCCAGACAUGCAUAUGACCUACAGAGUGAUGCUGUGUACAAGGAGGACCUCAAGAUUUUGCAGGGUAUUGGAUGGGUGCCAAUAGGUUCACUGGAUGUUGAGAAGGUGAAGAAAGCUGGUGAGAUUCUGAGUGAGAAGAAGUAUCGUCAGCCCCCGAGCAACUACAAGUUUAAAGUCAGCACUGAAGACAUGCCCAUAGCACUGGCUAAGAGCAAUGCUCAGAUUAUGAACAAGAGAGCAUACAUUGAAGCCUGGGAGAAUGAGAAGACAAAGAUCCACGUCAUGCCUGAUGCUAUGGAUGUUCUUCUAGCCAAAGCCAACAAUGUUAACUACAGCUUGAAAAAGUACAAACAGGCAUAUGAAGAUUCCAAGAAGAAGGGAUAUGAUAUACGCAAUGAUGCCAUUUCCAUUAUUGCAGCCAGAUCUUCCAGGGACAUUGCCAGUGAUUACAAGUACAAGACAGGAUACCGUAAACAGGUCGGUCACCACAUUGGUGCACGCAGCGUCCAGGACGACCCUCUGCUCAUGCUGGCUCUGAACUCAGCCAAGAUUGCCAGUGAUGCUCUGUACAAGAAGGACUUCAACAAGUCCAAGACCAAGUUCAACCUGCCAGUGGACAUGCUCAAUCUGGAACUGGCCAAGAAAUGCCAGAUCCAAGUCAACGACUUCAACUACAGAACUCACCUGCACCAGUGGACCUGCCUGCCAGACUCCAAUGAUGUGGUCCAGGCCAGACAUGCAUAUGACCUACAGAGUGAUGCUGUGUACAAGGAGGACCUCAAGAUUUUGCAGGGUAUUGGAUGGGUGCCAAUAGGUUCACUGGAUGUUGAGAAGGUGAAGAAAGCUGGUGAGAUUCUGAGUGAGAAGAAGUAUCGUCAGCCCCCGAGCAACUACAAGUUUAAAGUCAGCACUGAAGACAUGCCCAUAGCACUGGCUAAGAGCAAUGCUCAGAUUAUGAACAAGAGAGCAUACAUUGAAGCCUGGGAGAAUGAGAAGACAAAGAUCCACGUCAUGCCUGAUGCUAUGGAUGUUCUUCUAGCCAAAGCCAACAACUUUAACUACAGCUUGAAAAAGUACAAACAGGCAUAUGAAGAUUCCAAGAAGAAGGGAUAUGAUAUACGCAAUGAUGCCAUUUCCAUUAUUGCAGCCAGAUCUUCCAGGGACAUUGCCAGUGAUUACAAGUACAAGACAGGAUACCGUAAACAGGUCGGUCACCACAUUGGUGCACGCAGCGUCCAGGACGACCCUCUGCUCAUGCUGGCUCUGAACUCAGCCAAGAUUGCCAGUGAUGCUCUGUACAAGAAGGACUUCAACAAGUCCAAGACCAGGUUCCACCUGCCAGUGGACAUGCUCAAUCUGGAACUGGCCAAGAAAUGCCAGAUCCAAGUCAACGACUUCAACUACAGAACUCACCUGCACCAGUGGACCUGCCUGCCAGACUCCAAUGAUGUGGUCCAGGCCAGACAUGCAUAUGACCUACAGAGUGAUGCUGUGUACAAGGCUGAUCUGAAGUGGCUCCAGGGCCUAGGUUGGGUCCCCAUUGGCUCGCUUGAUGUGGAGAAAGCUAAGAAGGCUGCAGAGAUUUUGAAUGAAAGAAAGUACCGCCAGCAUCCCAGCAAGGUUCACUUCACAAGCCCAAUAGAUGCCAUGAACAUCGUCCUGGCAAAGAAUAAUGCCUCAACCAUGAACAAGCGCCUCUACAUUGAAGCAUGGGAGAAGGACAAAACCAAGCUGCACAUUAAUCCUGACACUCCUGAGAUCCUCCUCUCUCAACAAAAUGCAGUCAACAUGAGCAGAAAACUAUACAGACAAGGAUACGAAGAAACCAUCAAGAAAGGUUAUUUCCUUCCUGUUGAUGCAGUCUCUGUAAAGGCUGCUAAGGCCUCCAGGGAAAUCAUCAGUGACUACAAGUACAAGACAGGAUACCGCAAGCAGGUUGGGCACCACAUCGGUGCUCGCAGCGUCCAGGACGACCCCCUGAUCAUGCUGGCUCUGAACUCAGCCAAGAUCGCCAGUGACGCUCUGUACAAGAAGGACUUCAACAAGUCCAAGACCAAGUUCCACCUGCCAGUGGACAUGCUCAAUCUGGAACUGGCCAAGAAAUGCCAGAUCCAAGUCAACGACUUCAACUACAGAACUCACCUGCACCAGUGGACCUGCCUGCCAGACUCCAAUGAUGUGGUCCAGGCUCGCAAAGCCUAUGAUCUCCAGAGUGAUGCUGUAUACAAAGCUGAUUUGGAUGAGAUUGUUGGUGUUGGAUGGAUCCCCAUCGGAUCACUAGACGUGCUGAAGGCCAAGAACGCUGCAAAAAUUCUCAGCGACCGUCUCUACAAGCAGAAACCAGACACACUGAAAUAUAAGACAGACAUGACUUCCAUGCCCAUGAUCUUAGCCAAAACAAAUGCUGACAUCAUAAAUAAGAGAAACUACAUUGCUGCUUGGGAGGCUGAAAAGAUUAAGACUCAUGUGCCCGCUGACAUCCCUGAGCUGCUGCUUUCCAAAGCUAAUGCUUACAACAUCAGCAAGAAAAUAUACAAGGAAGCCGUUGAGGAUAUGUUCAGAAAGGGCUAUAACCUUAAGCCUGAUGCGGUCUCUGUUGUUGCUGCCAAACGUGCCAGAGAAAUCAUCAGCGAUUACAAGUACAAGACGGGAUACCGGAAGCAGGUCGGUCACCACAUUGGGGCCCUCAGCGUCCACGAUGACCCCUUGAUCGUGCUGGCUCUGAACUCAGCCAAGAUUGCCAGUGAUGCUCUGUACAAGAAGGACUUCAACAAGUCCAAGACCAAGUUCAACCUGCCAGUGGACAUGCUCAAUUUGGAACUGGCCAAGAAAUGCCAGAUCCAAGUCAACGACUUCAACUACAGAACCCACCUGCACAACUGGACCUGUCUGCCAGACUCCAAUGAUGUGGUCCAGGCCAGAAAGGCUUAUAACCUACAGAGUGAUGCUGUGUACAAGGCUGACAUGGAAUGGAUCAAGGGAGUGGGAUGGGUGCCAAUUGGUUCGGUUGAUGUGGAAAAAGCCAAGAAAGCAGCAGAGAUCCUGAGCGAUAGAAAGUAUCGUCAGCAUCCCAGCAACUUCAAGUUCACUGCUAAAACAACUGACAUGCCAUAUGCUCUUGCUCAGGCUAAUGCCCAGGUUAUGGACAAGAAAGCCUACAUUGCUGCCUGGGAGAAGGAUAAGACCACCAUUCAUGUGAUGCCUGACACCCCAGAGAUCCUCUUGGCCCAGCAGAAUAAACUCAACACCAGUCUGAAAUUUUAUCGUGAGGGCUAUAAGGAAAUGAUCAACAAGGGCUACUUCCUUCCCAAGGAUGCAGUCUCUGUUUUAGCUGCCAAAGCUUCCAGAGACAUCAUCAGUGAUUACAAAUACAAGGCUGGUUUCCGCAGGCAGUGUGGCCAUCACAUUGGUGCUCUCAGUGUGAAGGAUGAUCCGCUGAUUAUGCUGGCCGCUCAUGCAGCUAAGAUCGCCAGUGACAAUGUCUAUAAGAAGGACUUUAACAAGACCAAGACCAAGUUCCACCUCCCAGUAGACAUGCUGACAGUUGAACUGGCAAAGAAAUGCCAGCAGCAAGUGAAUGAUUUCAACUACAGAACUUACUUACACCAGUGGACGUGCCUGCCAGACUCCAGUGAUGUAGUGCAGGCUAGAAAAGUCUACGAUUUGCAGAGUGAUGCUGUGUACAAAUCUGAUCUGGAGUGGCUUAGAGGAUGCGGCUGGUCACCUCAGGACUGCGUAGAUGUCGUCAAAGUUAAGCAUGCCCAGACUGUCCUCAAUGAGAGGCUCUAUCGCCAGCCCCCAAGUACCGUCAAGUUUACCAGUGUUGUCGACCUCCCGGCUAUUGUAUUGUCCAAGCAAAAUGCUGACAUCCUCAGUGAUAGGAAAUAUAGGGAAGUGUGGGAUAAAGAGAAGCUUGUCAUUCACGUGCCACCUGACACCCCGACCUUUGAACUCGCCAAGAGCAAUGCUGUUAAUAUCAGCAAUAAACUGUACACAAAGGCAUGGGAUGACCAGAAGGCAAAAGCUUACCAUAUCAAGGAAGAUGCUAUCUCUGUGCUGAAGGCUAAAGCUUCCAGAGAUAUCAGCAGUGAUUACAAGUACAAGACAGGAUACCGUAGGCAGGUGGGCCACCACAUCGGUGCUCGCAGCGUCAAUGACGACCCCUUGAUCAUGCUGGCUCUGAACUCAGCCAAGAUUGCCAGUGAUGCUCUGUACAAGAAGGACUUCAACAAGUCCAAGACCAAAUUCCAUCUGCCAGUGGACAUGCUCAAUCUGGAACUGGCCAAGAAAUGCCAGAUCCAAGUCAACGACUUCAACUACAGAACUCACCUGCACCAGUGGACCUGCCUGCCAGACUCCAAUGAUGUGGUUCAGGCUAGAAAGGCUUAUGAUCUCCAGAGUGAUGCUGUGUACAAAGCUGAUAUGGAGUGGUUACGUGGAUGUGGAUGGAUGCCACAUGAGUGUGUGGAUGUGGUAAAGGUGAAGCAUGCACAGAAGAUCCUGGCUGAUAGAGGCUAUCGGGUCAAGUUGGAUCAACAGCAAUUCAUGGUUCCAGCUGACAGAGUUGACUUGGUCUGUGCCAGGAAUGCCGCUGAAGUCCUCAAUGAGGCUAAAUAUCGUGAAGCCUGGCACCAGGACAAGACCAAGUACUCACUGGUGGACACACCAGUUCUUGCCACAGCGAGAGAAGUGGCGAAGAACAUUCACCCGAAACUGUACACCAAAGAAUGGGAUAAGGUCAAAGCUACAGGGUAUUUCAUGCCUCCAGAUGCUGUACCAAUCAAGCAGUGCAUCCAGACAACUAAAGUGCAAAGCCAUCAUAAUUACCUAGAGGCAUACCGUAAGCAGGUGGGCCACCACAUCGGUGCUCGCAGCAUCCAGGACGACCCUCUGCUCGUGCUGGCUGUGAACUCAGCCAAGAUCGCCAGUGAUGCUCUGUACAAGAAGGACUUCAACAAGUCCAAGACCAAGUUCAACCUGCCAGUGGACAUGCUGCAGUUUGAACUGGCCAAGAAAUGCCAGAUGCAGGUCAACGAUGACAACUACAGAACUCGCCUGCACCAGUGGACCUGUCUGCCAGACCAGAACGAUGUUAUCCAGGCUCGCAAAGCCUAUGAUCUGCAAAGCAAUCACGUGUAUAAGGCCGAUCUGGAAUGGCUCCGAGGCUGCGGCUGGGUAGCAGCUGACUCUGUUGAACACGUCAAGGUCAAGAAGGCCCAGGAGAUUCUCAAUGAUAGACAUUACAAGAAGAAUGCCAAAGAGGCCUUUGGAAAAUUCACCCUGGUUGUAGACCGGCCUGAGAUAGUCUUGGCAAAGAUCAAUGCUGCCAACCUGAGUGAUCUGAAGUACAAAGAGACUUUCAAUGCAGAAAAGGGUCAUUAUAUUGGCUCAGAUGAUACUCCUCAACUGGCCCAUAGCAGGGAGAUGGCUAAGAACAUCAGUGAGAAACUCUACAAAUCACAAUGGGACACAUCUAAGGCUACAAGCUACCAGCUGAACCAUGAAUACAUCCCACUGCUCAGCUGCAAGAAGAGCAGGGAGAUUGCCAGUGAUGUCAAGUACAAGGAUUCCCACGAAAAGGCCAAAGGUCACUACAUGGCUGGAACCCUGGUGGACUUCCCUGAAGUGGUGCGCUGUGGACAACAGGAAAAGGGCAAGCCACUGAGGGUCUACCAGAAAGACUACCACCACACCAAGACCAAAGUCCAUAUCCCAUCUGACAUCAUCGCUAACCAGGUAGCUAAGCGGUGCCAGGACAUGCUGAGUGAUGUUCUUUACCGCACCUACCUGCACCAGUGGACUUGCCAUCCUGAGCAGGAGGACGCCAUUCGUGCCCGCAAGACCAAUGAAAUCCUCAGUGAUGUGUUUUAUAAGGAUGAUCUCAACUGGAUGAAGGGUAUUGGUUGCUACAUUUGGGACACACCAGAGAUCGUUCGUGCCAAGAAGUCCUACGAGCUGCAAAGUGAUCUUAAAUACAGAGAGAAUGCCAAGAAAGAGUUCAACAAUUACUCGAUUGUGACGGACACCCCAUCUUAUGUGACUGCUGUCCUGGGUCACACCUGGGCCAGUGAGCUCAACUACAGAGAGGCCUAUCAAAAGGAGAAGCACAUAUAUACCACCGUUCUGGAUACCCACGAUUACGCCAGAUGCCUAAACUUCAAAUACAUCUUCAGCAACAAAAACUACACUUCUGCCUGGGACAAAAUCAAAGCAAAGAGUUACCAGAUUCCACAUGACUCAAACGCUUUACAGCACGCCAAGCAGCAGAAGAUUAUUCUCAGCUCUGUGAAGUACAAGGAAGACUAUGAGAAGUUCAAAUCUCUCUACAGUCUGCCCAAGUCGCUCGAGGACGAUCCUGGAACUGCUCGUUGCGUCAAAGCUGGAAAGCUGAUCCUAGAUCGUCUGUACAAGGAGAACUAUGAGAAGACCAAGGCCAAAAAUCAUAUACCCCCAGAUAUGCUGGAUAUCCUGUCAGCCCGCAGUACCCAGAAUGCCGUCAGCGAGAUCAACUACCGCAAGUAUCUGCAUCAGUGGAUUUGCCUGCCUGACAUGCAGGUGUACGUCCAGGCACGCAAAGUAAACGAGCAGCUCAGCGAUAUCUUCUACAAGGAUGAUUUGAACUACCUCAAAGGUAUUGGUUGCUAUGCCUGGGACACACCAGAGAUCCUUCGUGUCAAGCACGCCGGUAGCCUUCAGAGUGAGAACAUGUACAGAGCCAAAGGUAAAGAGGCUUUCAAGGAAUAUUCUGUGGUGACAGAGACUCCAGUGUACGAGACAGCCAAGCAGAACGCUCAGAACUUGAGUGAUCUGCACUACCGCUUUGAUUACAACACCAACAUCAAGGGCACCAACACUGCUCCUGCUGUUACCGUUGAAACGGAAAGAGUCCGCCUGGCCAACUACAUCCAGAGUGAUAACUGGUAUAAGGAAGCUAACAAGAACUUCAUGCCUACUGGUUACUCGCUGCCUCACGACACCCCCCUCAUCAAGCAGGCUAAAAUGAACAGUGUUGUCACCAGCAAUGUGAAAUACAAGGAGGCCUAUGAGAUGAUGAAGGCUAAAGCCUACACUCUCCACCCAGAGGGUGUCAACUUUGUCGGAGCAAGGAAGGCUCACAAGAUCGUCAAUGACCGUCUGUAUCGUGAGAUGUACCACAAGCAAAAGGACAAGAUCCACACAACCUACGACACUCCUGAUAUUAAGCAAGUCAAGAUGAACCAGGAGCACCUCAGUGACUUGUGCUACAAAGAGAAAUACUACAACAGCAGAGGCCAGCUGAUAUCUUUGCCCAUAACGCCUGAGCUCUUGCACUGCUACAAUGUUAAUCAGAUCACCAGCGAGCUGAAAUACAAAGAGGAUCUGAUGUGGCUGAGAGGCAUUGGCUGCUUCUUGUAUGACACCCCAGAGAUGGUCCAUGUCCGCAACAUCACCAAAUUCAGGGUAAACUAUCCAGUGGAAGCUAAGAAGAACCUUUCUAAAUUCUCUGUGGUCCUGGACACGCCUGAAUAUAAUCGCGUGACUGAGCUGAAGACGCACAUGAGCAAUUUGAUCUACAAAGCCCAGAGCAAGGAGGAAAUGGCUAAAGUCACCACCACUGCAGACUCUGUGGACAUUCGAAGAGCCAAGUGGGCCCAGCAGCUGACUAACAAGUUCCAGUACGUAGAUCUGGCUGCCAAACAAAGAGCUCAUUUCACUCCAGAAGUUGAUACUCCGAAUAUGGGCCAUGCUAGAAAAAUGAAAGUGGUCUACAGUGAUAACAAAUACAAAGAACAGUAUGAGAAACUGAAACACCGCUACACUGCUAUUGCUGACACACCUCUCCUGAUCCGUGCCAAGAAGUCCUACCUCCAGUCUAGUGAUCUGCGUUACAAAGAAACCUUCGAGCUUUCCAAGGGCCACUACCGCACAGUCAAGGAUGCUCUGAACAUCACCUACCACCGCAGAGUCACUGAUGACAUCAGCGAGGUUAAAUACAGAGAGAAGUACAUCAGCUCACUGGGUACCUGGAAGUCCAUCCCUGAUCGUCCAGAGUUUUUCUUCAGCAAAGUUGUCAGUGGGAACGUUAGCGACGUCAAGUACAAGGAGGACCUGGAUUGGCUGAAGGGAAUUGGCUGCUAUGUGUGGGACACACCUGAGCUGAUGCGGGCCGAGAGGAACAAGGCGCUGUACAGUGAGAGAUUGUACAAAUCCUCCUUUGAGAAGAACAGAGGCAACUUCAAGUAUACUUGCGACACGCCGUUCUUCCAGGCCAUCAAGCAGGCCUCCAUUCUCAUAAACGACAGGGCUUACAGAGCUCAUUAUGAGAAGACCAAGGAUAAGUUCACCAUAACUACAGAUGAUCCUAGAUAUCAGCUGGCCAGGGAGAACAGGAAGAUGAGCCAGUGGAGGUAUAGAGAGCAGUAUGAACGUGCCAAGGACAAGUUCACCUCUGUUCUGGAGACUCCUGAGUAUGAGACCCACAGACGCAGCAAAAAGAUCAGUGAUAUCAUCUACAAGAUGGAGUAUAACAAGACCAAGGCUAAGGCAUACACCUUGCCUUAUGACACUCCAUAUCAACAGCACAUGAAGAAAGUCAAGGACAUCACCAGCAAUCUGAAGUACAAAGAGGUGUAUGAGAAGAGCAAGGCCCAGAUCAACAUCGAUCCUGAGGCUCAUGAGAUUCGUGCUGCUAAGGAGGCCUACAAGAACAUCACCAAUCUUGACUACAAGAAGAAGUAUGAAGCAACCAAGAACCAGUGGAUCUGGACAGUGGACAGGCCUGACUUUGUCAAUGCUGCCAAGAACUCCUUGCAGCAGAGUGAUGUUGAAUACAAGUAUGACAAAGAGAUGCUGAAGGGCUGCGUGAUACCUGUAGUUGAUGACAAGUUAACCGUACUGUGCAUGAAGAAUGCUGAAAUGGCCAGUGAGGUGAAAUAUAAAGAGAAGUAUGAGAAGGAAAAGGGCCACUAUAUCCCUGUUCUGGACACUCCUCAAAUUCUCCAUGCCAAGGCUGUGCGUACUCUGACAUCCGAGAGCAAAUACAAGGAGGCCAGUAAGAAGCAAAUGCAGUCUGGCUCAUUCACCACCCUGUCCGACACGCGUGACACUGCCCACAGCAGGGUGGUCAACAAACUUGUCAGCGGGAAAGUGUACAAAGAAAAGUUUGAGAAGGAAAAGGGCAAGUCCAUAUAUAACCACAUGAUUGUGCCGCCUGAUGUUCAGCAUGCCAUGGACGUGGCCAAGAAUCAGAGCAACAUUUCAUACAAGAAAGAUGCCAAAGCCAGCCUGCACUACACUACUGUAGUCGACCGUCCUGAUAUAAAGAAGGCUACCCAGGCUGCUAAACUUAUCAGUGAGAUUGGCUACCGUGAGAAAGCACGUGAAGAGGCCAGCCGUGGAGGUUCUCUGAUCCACCGCCCAGAUAUCACUUUGGCAACUGAGGUGUCCAAGCUGACGAGCCAGGUGGAGGCCAAGCCCUCCCUCCACGGAACAGCUUCCUAUGAUACCCCCCUGAUGCGCCACAUUAAGAAAAUGAGUGCGGUGACUAGUGAUGUGAAGUACAAGGAGAAGUUUGAUAAGGAGGUGAAAGGAAAGAAACCACAGUAUGACCUGAAGGAGAGCAAGAUUUACAAGACUCUGAAGGAUGCCAACGUGCUGGCCAGUGAGGUGAAGUACAAGGGUGAUCUGAAGAAGAUCCACAAACCUGUGACCGACAUGUCCGAGUCUCUGUCCAUGAAGCACAGCCUGAGCACCAGCCGACUGUCCAGCGACGUGAAAUACAAGGAGAAGUAUGAGAAGGAGAGGGGCAAACCCAUGCUGGACUUUGAGACACCCACAUAUGUGACUGCGAAGGAGGCUCAGCACAUGCAGAGUCAGAGAGAGUACAAGAAGUCUCUGGAGCAGGAGAUCAAGGGCAAGGGAAUGUUAGCUUUGGCUACCGACACCCCAGACUUUAUGAGAGCCAGGAAUGCCACUGAUAUCCUGAGUCAGACUAAGUACAAGCAGACCGCUGAGAUGGACAGAGCCAGCUACACAACCGUCAUUGAUACCCCUGACAUCAUCCACGCUCAGCAGAUGAAGAACAUCGUCAGCCAGAAAAAGUACAGAGAGGAGGCUGAGAAGACCAUGUCUCACUAUGUACCAGUCCUGGAUACUCCAGAGAUGCAGAGAGUCCGUGAGAACCAGAAGAACUUCAGCACUGUGUUGUAUAAAGACAGUUCAGCCAAGGGAACGGCUGUGGUGUUUACUCCAGAGAUGGAGCGGGUGAAAAGGAACCAGGAAAACAUUAGCUCGGUUCUGUACUCCGACAGCUUCCGCAAGCAGGUCCAGGGCAAGGCCGCCUUCGUUCUGGACACACCCGAGAUGAGGCGCGUCAGGGAGACUCAGCGUAUCAUUUCUGGAGUGAGAUACCACGAAGACUUUGAGAAGAGCAAGGGUAGCUUCACUCCCACCACCACUGACCUCGUGACAGAGCGCGUGAAGAAGAACACACAGGACUUCAGCGACAUCAGCUACCGUGGCAUCCAGAGGCGUGUAGUGGAGAUGGAGAGGAGACGUGCCAUCGAGCAUGACCAGGAGACCACCACUGAUCUGCGCGUGUGGCGCACAAACCCCGGCUCUGUGUUUGACUACGACCCUGCUGAGGACAACAUCCAGUCCAGGAGUCUGCACAUGAUGUCAGUGCAAGCUCAGCGUCGCAGCAAGGAGCACUCCCGCUCCACCAGCGCUUUGAGCGGUGUGGCUGAUGAGAAGUCUGAAGUAUCCCAGGAUGCUGACCACCACAUGUCCCUCUACAGCAAUGGCUUCAUGACCUCCUCUAUGGGCUACCAGCAUGCUACUGUGAAGACUGUGGAGCUGCAGCAGAGGUCAUCUUCAGUGGCCACCCAGCAGACCACAGUCUCUUCCAUUCCCUCACACCCCUCUACCACCGGGAAAACCGUGCGUGCCAUGUAUGACUACGCCGCCGCCGACAGCGACGAGGUGUCCUUCAAGGAUGGUGAUGUCAUUGUCAAUGUGCAGUCCAUCGACGAAGGCUGGAUGUACGGUACUGUUCAGCGCACCGGCAAGACCGGCAUGCUGCCAGCCAACUAUGUUGAAGCAAUCUAAAGACAAAGCCCGUCCACAGUCCCUCCACAGUGGGCGAGAAGCAUCCACAGGGCUAGCUCAUCGGUCUUCCUGUGAUCACAGCCGUGGCUUAGUGCAAUGUGUAGCUUGUAGUUUCUGUACUUGUAUUUUAAUUGUGUUGUAAUUCUUGUGGAGUCUGUUAUCAUUAAUAUGCUGCUGCCCCCCCACCUGUGGAUGUGAGAUAAGCUUCAUGCCAUGGCCCAUAUAAAUAGAUCUGAUUAUACAUCGUGUGCCUACUAUGAAAGACAAAGUAUGCUUGAUUGUUUUAACUGCUCCGAUCUGUCCUGGAAAAGCAAGACUAACACAAACUGGCCCUUAAUUUUGUACAUUUCAAACAUUUCAUUUACAUUUAUCAUUUUUUUGUCCCGUGUAUUUUCUCUGAAAAACAAUGGGCUCUAGAAGUUUCAUGUAUGCCUUUAAUGGAGACUCCAUGAAGAGAAAUAAUGAAACUUAAAAGGAGUAAGUCACCAUCUAAGUCCUCCAUGAUGAAAUCCUGAGAAGCUCUAUGAGUCAAGCCUCAGUUUUCCCUCCUUCGUGACUAAGGCUGGCCACUAGUAGAAUGUGUGUUUUGUUUCUCCCGAUUAUUUUGGUCCUGGCUAAAGCUCGUCCUCUACCUUUAAUCAGUAGCUAAUAAAGCACACCAAGCUCCUGCA